CGGACGAGCAGCAGCAGCAGCGACUGGCGGAGCGACUUUCACUUGUUUGGGCUGAAAUCAGCGAACCGACACCGACAACAGAAUUAUCAGACACACUUCCGAUUCUGACUGAUGAUCGGCAGGCACCCACAAGGAAAAACCCGCCGAUUCUGAAGCAGUGACCCGGUUCGGCCUCCGGUCCGCCCGAGACUCUGCGCGCGCGCUCGCGCGAAAGUUAUUGAGCACAAAUAUCAAAUAUUUCGGGCUGUGUUAUCGCUCUCUGUCUCUCUCUCUUUCUCUCUCUCUCUCUGCUGCUGAAUGGGAGGCGGUUGUUUGUGUGUGUUUGUGUUGUUGCACUGACACACACACACACAUGUUGUUGUGUUGUGUGGGUUUGGUCCAGCCUGCAGUGAUCUCCGGGCCUCUUCACAAACGUUCAGCUUUCAUUUGUGUGUGCGACCUGCAGUCAGGUGUGUAGUUCGGAUGGAUAUGUGACACACACACACACACACCGGGUUGUGUUGCUGUAGGGUCAGGAUGGAGAACCCACAGAAGACAAGUCCACUGAUCCGAGAUCUGACACGCGCCUUCAGCCACUACAACAAACACAACAUUCUGCUGAAGAAGAACCUGAAAGAGACCACCCUCUUCUUCAGAGAGAUCCGACAGAACCACAGUAACACGUGCAGUCCUCUCGAGUCCGGUCAGCUCAGCUGUAUUGCGUUACCGCGUCAGGAUGAGGAAUACCUGCAGAACGUCGUCGCCAGCGCCCCCUACAUUCUGAUCCUGGGUCAGGACUGCAAGGCCCGAUACCAGCUCCUUAACUGCCUGCUGGGAGAGAAGCUCCUCCCUCUCGGCGCCGAAGCAGGCGGGGUUUGUGGUCUAGAGGGCGGAGCCUGCAGGAGGAGGAAGUUGUGUUUCACGCAUGGGCGUCAGACGCGUCUGAGUCUGGCGUUGCCGGGUCAGUAUGAGCUGGUGCAUCAGCUGGCUGCUCACCGCGGCCGCUGGGAUACCAUACCGGCCCAAGACCUCGAGAUCCAGGAGUGCGAAGACGCCGCGCAGCGAUUGGCCGAGCUGGAGAUCACGCUCCAUCAUGCGCUGCUGCAGGAUGUGAAGAUCAUGAUUCCUCCGUGUCGAAACGUUCAGCGCAUCGAGGAUGUGUUAGAGGAUUGCAAACCCAGCAUCCUUCCCAUAAUCCUCUACGCCGUCAAUAAAGAGGUCCUGAGCCCGGAGCAGGUGAGCGAUGUUCAGAGGGUGCGUAAGUGUCUGUCCUUCCCCGUCUGCUUCAUCCGCAUGCCGACAGAACACACCUGCCCUGAACCGCCCCGCUCCGGAGACACGGACCGCAGUCCUCUCUACAAACAGCUGCUGGCUCUGGAGCUCAUCGGCAGCACGGCGGGUAACUGUGCAUGCGGGGCGCCUGCGCAGACGCCUGGGGGAAAGAUGCAAGGCAUUCUGGGAGAGAGUUUAGAGCGUCUUCACCGCGUGUUAGUGCCGUUCACCAGACAAGUGCUUCAGACCCAGCAGGCGGAGGCGGCCCAUCUGCUCAACGGCGUUCACUGUCGCUGUCUGGACCUCUUCAUUAACCAGGCGUUCGACAUGCAGCGAGAUCUGCAGAUCACGCCGCGGCGUCUGGAGUACACGCGUGAGAAGGAGGGCGAGCUCUUCCUGUCUCUCCUGGCCAUCGCCAACCGUAAGCAAGAGGAGAUGAAGGAGAUGAUUGUGGAGACGCUGGCGAGCAUGAAGGAGCAGCUGCUGGACAACGCCGCUAACCUGGAGUUCACAGACGUCAUCAUGAGUUCUAACGGUGAGCCGGUGAGCUCUAAAGACAUUAAGAUGUGUAUAGAUCAGAUUCAGGAUCUGAUCGUGAAUGAACUCAAUCAGGCCGUGGCCAACAAACUCACCAGUUCAGUGGAGUACCUGAGAGAGAGCUGUGUGGGCACGCUGGAGAGAUGCCUCGCUAGUCUGGAGAAGAACACACCUGACACCUCCUGUGUACACAACGUCACCUCCAACCACCUCAAACAGAUUCUCAACGCUGCGUAUCAUGUCGAGGUGACGUUUCAUUCAGGUUCUUCUGUCACACGCCAGUUCUGGGAGCAGAUCAAACAGAUCAUUCACAGGAUAACUUGGGUCAAUCCUCCGUCGGUGAGUCCCGAGUGGAAGCGUAAAGUGGCUCAGGACGCCAUCGAGAGUCUCAGCGCUGCUAAACUGGCCAAGAGCAUCUGUUCACAGUUCAGAACACGACUCAACAGCUCACACGACGCCUUCGCCGCUUCUCUCAGACAGCUGGAGGAGGGUCACACUGGGCGUUUGGAGCGCACUGAAGAUCUCUGGCUGAGGGUCAGGAAGGAUCACGCCCCGCGACUCGCCCGUCUCUCACUGGAAAGCCGAUCGCUCAGAGAUAUCGUUCUGAACGGAAAGCCCAAGUUGGGUCGUGAGUUGGGUCGUGGUCAGUACGGAGUGGUGUAUUUGUGUGACAAUUGGGGUGGACAUCACCCAUGUGCGCUCAAAUCUGUGGUUCCGCCGGACGACAAACACUGGAACGACCUCGCGCUGGAGUUUCACUACACACGGUCUCUCCCGAAGCACGAGCGCUUGGUGAAUCUUCACGGUUCGGUCAUCGAUCACUCGUACGCGGGCGGCUCCAGUAUCGCGGUUCUGUUGAUCAUGGAGCGUUUACACCGAGAUCUCUACACCGGACUGAAGGGCAGUCUGACGCUGAAGGAAAGGUUACAGAUCGCUCUGGAUGUGGUGGAGGGGAUUCGCUUUCUACACGGUCAGGGUCUCCUGCACAGAGACAUCAAACUGAAGAACGUUCUGCUGGACAAACAGAACCGGGCUAAGAUCACAGAUCUGGGUUUCUGUAAACCGGAGGCGAUGAUGUCAGGCAGUAUAGUGGGAACACCCAUACACAUGGCACCAGAACUGUUCACAGGAAAGUAUGAUAAUUCUGUGGACGUGUAUGCGUUUGGUAUUCUCUUCUGGUAUCUCUGCACCGGCUCGGUCAAACUCCCAGAAGCCUUUGAGAAGUGUGCCAGUAAAGAUCAGCUGUGGACCAACGUCAAGAAGGGUUCGCGGCCGGAGCGUUCGCCCGUGUUCGACGAGGAAUGCUGGCAGCUGAUGGAAGCGUGCUGGAACGGAGACCCUUCUCAAAGACCCCUGAUGGGAAUCGUGCAGCCCGGCCUGCAAAGCAUCAUGGAGCGUUUGUGUGACAAUUCUGAGCAAAAGAGCGCUCGUCUGGACGACUCAAACUGACAUAAACACGCUCACAUUCCCGCAGGAGCAGUGGAGGAAAAGCCUGUUAUAUUUGAACUGAAGAAGACGAUCUCUGACAGAACAUGAAGAAGAGAGGAGAUCACAUUGAGUUGUGUGUCGCAUCUGCUGCUUCAUAGAUAUAUUUUACAUGUAGUUGACUUUGUGUGUUACAUAAGAAUGAAAUGUUAAUUUUUAGAUGCUGUUUAAAGUGGUUUACUGUUGUACUGAGACAUUUUUUAAUAAAUUGAUUUGGACUCA